CCGCCCCUCUCCCCCCUGUGCCUCCCUUUGCCCCCUCCCUUUGCCCCCUCCCCCCUCGCCGUUUGCGCUCUCCUCAUCGCACUGCGUGCCGCCUGACUGGGGCCCUUCCCAGCUGGAUGUCCCCCGGCUGGACUGGCCGGCGGCUGCCGCCGCUGACCACGCAGCGUGUUCGCCGGCGGCGGAUCUCCGCCCGUCAUACGCGACUGCUCGUAGCAGCCGAGGGCCUGACCGAGAGGUACGGCCUCCUGCCGGACGACAUUCCGCCUGGAUUCUACGGCCCGGGUAUCUUCGCUCUGGACCUGGUGCUGUCCGAUGGAUCGGGGGUGAUCUUCCGGCCGGAGCCGGCCCUACGCCACCUGCUGGUGCUGCUGCAAUUCCCGGCCAGGCCCGGUGAGCCGCAUCUCGCGGCGUUGGCGCGGCUGCUGGAUGCGCUGCUCGUGCCGGAGCACCUGUCCCAGUCUCUGCGGGACGUGUCUCGGCGAAGGCACACGCUCAGGGCGCUGACUUCUCUUCCGGCCCUGCCGGGCAUAUUGCAAGAAUUGCCGUCCGCCCGCGAAUCCGCGCCCAGCGGGGACACGCCAUUCACCCGGUGGCCGGGGCUCGGCCGCGUGACGGCCCUCUCCCCGGAUGUCGACACCUUCACGAUUGCGGCGUACGGACGUCUGCCCGUGGGCCUCGCGGGACUUGGCUGCGGUUGCCCGAGCGAAAUCCUGCUCGAAGUCCCGGUCCGCGUGCGCGUCAUUCCCCCCGGUGACAAUCCCUUCGGUGGUGCCGCCCCGCAGGUGCGCAUCUCGUGCGGCCGCUUGUGUCCCUUGUGCGGGGUCUUCCCAGCUGACCCGGAGCCAAUCAGUUCGAGCUUGACAUGGGGGCCCUCCGGCGGCUGGGGAUAUCGGAGCAGCCGGGGGGCUCGCCGCGCCUGGACAGCCCGGCUGCCGUGCUAAACCUGGUCGAGGCCCUGCUUGCCCAGCACGCGGCGCGCCUCGGGGAUGUUCUUUCGCUUGGUCUCCAUUUCGAGCGGUCUCGAUGGCCGGGGACGCUGCCCCCGGGGCCGGUGGCCGUCAUCCCGGUCGAGCGACUCCGGCACCUGUCGCCGGCACAGCGGCUGCUUUUGGCCCCGGGGGCCUGCAUCGGGCUGUACUGGCUGGCGCUGGCAGAGGCCGGGGGCUCGGCGGCCGCCAAUGCGCCAGCAGGUCGCCCGGCCCCAGCCACGGGGCCUUUGGACUUGGACUCUCUCCUGGAUGAAUUUUUCACGCCAAAUAGCCAAUCCCCGCUGGGUGGGCUGGCGGCCGCGCUGGCGGACACGCCCAUGCCGGUGCACCCGCCUGGCCCCGUCGCCACCCUUCUCAAUGUGCCGGUGGGGGGGCUGCUGCUGGACGGCCGGGCGGCCUUCCUCGCGCAGGCUCCGGAUGACAGCGCACCGGUGGCCGUGGUGGCCGACGGCGCCGAGCCUCCGGCCCUGGCCGAUCGCCGGAUUCCCGCGCCGGCCGACCG